GUCUCCCGUGCACAUCGGUAGCGAAACCCUAGAGUUGAAUCGAGGCGGCGGAGGCGGCGAGCGAGCGAAAAAGAAAUGGAGGAUAAGGCGAAGGAAGAGGCAAUCAUGUUCCUCCGGCGGGCCGUCGGUUUCCUCCUCACACGGAGGUUUUCGCCGCGGGUGAUCCCAAGGACGGCUCCUGCACGCUCUUUCCACUCCUUGAAGAAUCUCCCCAUCGGCGAUGGCCUUCGUGGUGCUGCUGGUGUGGCCGCGGCCGCUGCUGCGUUUGCUGGUGCUGGAGCCUUGGCAGUUCAGUAUUUCAGGAAAGGCCCAAAUGAUGAUGAGCCAGCUACUCGCAAGAAAGAGCAGGACAUCUAUAUAUAUAAAGAGGAGGAGAUGCAAGAGAGGUUUGAGAAUUGGAUGAAGCGGUUCAACAAGACAUACCGAAACGAGAAAGAGAAGGCUAUGCGGUUCCAAGUGUUCAAGGAAACCAUGAAGUGGAUCGAAUCGCAGCCCCCAUCUUCCCAGAAAAUUUUGCUUCCAGGAAACUGUUUUGCAGACUCAAGAAGCGAGGAGCUUCCGUGCAGCCAGUCCUGUAUCGGUGAUUUAGAUGACCCAGACACUGAAGAUUACCGCGAGAACAAGUUUGUCACCGAGAAUGUGGAAGACUUGGAUCCAUUGGCUGUUAAUUGA